AUGAAAGAUGGUUUCUGUUACCUUCUUGGCAAGCCCGUUGGAACUGCCCGAAUCUCCUCCAACAACGUAAACGCCGGCGUAGAACUCAAGGCUCCGACCGACCCAGAGCUAGCUCCUGGCUCUUCGACGUGCACUACGGUGAUUGACUGCCCCACCAACGACAAGUGUAGGUACCUUACCAACAGCAAGUCAUUCAUCGCCGAAUGCAACUAUGACUACUAUGGCGGAGACAUCGCUCUCAAGUCAACUGAUACCAUGACAAAGUGUGUGGAUGAGUGCGCCAUCUUCCCAGGAUGUGUUGCCGUCACUUGGGUUGACAGCAACUGCUACCUCAAGAACAAUAACACCAAGACCGUCUACAACAACGACGUGGAUAGUGUCGUCCUUGAAGUCUAA